AUGUUCGCCCGAACCGCCGCCGCCCGCUUCCCAACCCAGGCCAUCGCUCGCCGCGGCUUCUCUACCACCCGCCAGCAGCUCGGAUCACCAUACCACUACCCAGAAGGUCCACGAAGCAACAUUCCAUUCAACCCACUCACGCGAUUCUUUUACCUGAGAUACUGGGGCUUCAUGCUCGUUGGUUUCUCUGCGCCAUUUGGCAUUGCAGUCUGGCAAACAAUGAAGAACCAAUAG